GGGCGGACUGCUCUCCAUGUGGGGAUGUAUGGAAGGGGUGUUAAGGCCAACUGACGCUGAAGCUUUUCUGUUCAUUUUGUUCUGAGUCAUCGUCAGUCUUUGUGUGUCCAUACACAAGGCUUUUAUUUUCCACUCCUUCUCACGGAAAUUACUUUUCAAGUGUUUUCCUGGAUGACGAGGACGAAGGCUCUGUCAUUUAGUUACCAAUCCUCCAGCCUCCUCUUCAGCUGGGUGAACAGUCUAUAUACGACAGGGCAGUGUGAAUCACUGUGAGGAGCACCCGGUUUUACAUCAAGCCGGCAAAAUAUAUCCUACGUUUUCUACUGUUGCGUGGAAACCAAGGACUCCAGGGGACCGGAAAGAUUCAUCUUAAAAUAUCUUAAGUUUCUAGCUCAAUUUCCAAUACUCUUAUACGAACACCUGGAUGGAGUCCAUCUCUGGUCAAGCAGUUGGGUCCUCGUAUGCGUGGUAUCUUUGAACAGAUGCCAACUGCUGCCAAUUAGAUGAUGAUAAGAUCUUAUGAGUGUCAUCCCGCGUCCCAGAGAUCAUGGCGGCCGGAACCCACUCUCCCGGGGGACCCAAUGGGAUUAUCCGGAGCCAGUCCUUCGCCGGCUUCAGCACGCUACAGGAGCGACGCUCACGGUGUAACUCGUUCAUGGGGAACUCUGCAGUGCAGAAGAAGCCCACAUCCAAGCCGAAGAAGUCCCAUCUGUCAGGGCACAAGGCCAGCAGUGGCUCCAGAGAUCCACAGCCCAAGAGGGUGGAGGAGGUGUAUGGCACCCUGAAACAAGGCCUGGAUGAGUACCUUGAGGUGCACCAGACAGAGCUGGACAAGCUCACCUCCCUAAUGAAGGACAUGAAGAGGAACUCUCGACUGGUGAGACAGGAUGGAGUCCUGUACGAUCUUGACAAGCAAAUCAAAAGCAUCGAGAGGUAUAUGAGACGGCUGGAGUUUCACAUGAGCAAGGUGGAUGAGCUGUAUGAGGCCUUCUGUAUCCAGUGGCGGCUGAGGGAGGGAGCCAGUAAGAUGAAGCAGGCCUUCUCUGCCUCUCCCUCCACUAAGGCCACCAGAGAGAGCAUGUCUGAGGUCAACCGCAGAUACAAGGAGUACACAGAGAAUAUGAGUACUUUUGAGGGGGAGCUGGAGAACCUGUUGGGGGAGUUUCAUAUCAAAAUGAAAGGACUGGCUGGCUUUGCUCGUCUUUGUCCGGGAGACCAGUAUGAGAUCUUCAUGAGAUAUGGACGUCAGCGCUGGAAGCUGAAGGGCAAGAUCGAAGUGAACUCCAGACAGAGUUGGGAUGGAGAGGAGAUGGUCUUCAUGCCCCUCAUCUCUGACCUCAUCAACAUCAAGGUGACAGAGCUGAAGGGUCUGGCCACUCAUAUUCUGGUGGGCAGUGUGAUCUGUGAAACGAAGGACCUGUUCACCGCCAUGCCUCAGGUGGUGGCUGUGGAUGUCAAUGACCUGGGGACAAUCAAACUCAACCUGGAGGUCACAUGGUUCCCAUUCGACGUGGAGGACCUGACCCUGUCUUCGGGCAACGUGAGCAAAACCGCUGCCCUCCAGAGACGGGUGUCGAUCUACAGCCAGGGGACACCGGAGACGCCCACGUUCCAGGACCAGUCCUUCUUUUCCACACUCCCGGAUGACGUCUUUGAGAAUGGUGGUGGGUGUGGCAAUGCCGAGUGCAAGCGCCUCUCCUUCACAUUUACCGAUACCUCAGCCUCCUCCGCCAGCCUCGCCCCCGGCCAGACCAACCCCGAAAUCACUGUCACUCCCCCAGAGGCGGCCCCCAUGACCAAGCUGCCCUCCAGGGGAUGUGUAGUGGAGGAGGAAGAGGAGGGUGAGGAGGAGAGGGACAGUGGUGGCAGCGGCGGUAGCACAAGCGCAAGUCUCGUCAGCGAGGAGGCGGAGUCGGAAUGGGAGGAGGGUGCUGAGACUCGGCGCAGCGCAGGCUCCGUCUCACUCUGCUCGGAAAGCCGGACGUCUGCCGUCGCUCUGGAGGACGUAUUCCUGGACCACAGCGGGCCAGUCGGGAAUGGAGAUGAGAAUGACAGCUCUGAGCUGCUGAAGCCUGUGGAACUCGACACAGAGGAACCGGGCAGCUUGACCAGGCAGCUGGUGAGGAGGCUGACGUCGUCCGACAUUGUGCCCGAGGCAGGGGCUCUGAGCUGGGCUGGGGAGGGGAGCAGCCUGGAAGAGGCCCUGCAGAGCCUUCUGCUGAGGCUCGAGUCACUGGGACAACGCUGCAGAGAGCUGCACGACCUGGAACAGGAAGUUAUGCGCCUGGAGGACCUACUCAAGUGCCGUCUCCCGGGGCACCGUAGCCGGUCGUCCAGCCUGAGCCUGACAGUUGAGAGUGCCUUGGAGAGUUUUGACUUCCUCAACACUUCGGAUUUCGAUGACGAGGACACAGGCGAUGAUCAUACCUUGACUCACCCAGUGCUAUUGGACAUGGAGGCCGAGAGGAUUGGGGCUGUGGGCCAACACCCAGAGGCCAGGGGCCACCUGAGUGAGGCCCUGACAGAGGACACUGGGGUGGGAAACAGUGUGGCUGGCAGCCCCCUGCCACUCACCACCGGCAAUGAGAACCUAGACAUGGCCAUCAUCAUUCACCUGCAAUACUGUGACCAUCUAAUCCAGCGCCUGUCCAUUGGGGGGAGCCCUUGGUUGCGUACAGCUCAGCUCCAGAAGCUCUCAAAUCAAACUCAGCUGUUGGAGGAGCUGGGAGAGAUCAGCACUGAACGCCUUGGGAGCAUCACCAGCGCUGCUGACGUGCUCCCAGGACUGGCAGAGCGGCCUGCCCUGAUGUCUCUGUGGUCAGAGUGCAGUGGAUCUGGUGGCCUGUUCCAUACCACGCUGUACAGGGUACUGAAACACCUGCAGCACAGCUACGCCGGUUCACUGCAGGAGAGACUCCCACGGCCUGCAGCCGACACAGUGAUGAGGCUGGUGGUGAGCGAGAUGGUGGACAGGAGUGACCUGGCCUCCUCGUCCCCCUCGGCCCUGUCCCGGGACGCCGUCACCGUGUUCCAGUUCCACAGCUACGUCUCGGAGCACAGCGUGGAGGACAUGGAGGAACACCUGCUGCAGGUGGCUAGGGAGGCUAUGUUUGCGGAGGUCCUGAGCGGUGGCGAGUCCGACCGUUGUCUAACAGAACUAGAAGAGGUGUCACACGUCAGCCUGUGUCCCCGGCCACAGACUCUCAGGGCCCUGGCGGCCCUCCUCUCCCACGAAGACCCGCGACUCGGCGAGGCUGCAGCUGCCUACAUCACCUCCGCUGCCUCACACGCACCCUUCAGGUCAAAGGCGGUGGAGUGCUACACACAGGCCUUGUCAGAGGCAGGGGUUCAAACUCAGAAGUCUGCCUGCGCCGCCCUUAGCUGUCUGCAGGCUGUGGAAAGCCUCCGGGCUGUGGUGUCACUGUGUGACUCGGCCGAUGAGGAGCUUUGCCAUGUUGCCAUAGAAACCCUACUCUCCUUUGGUGAAGAGGGUCGGCUGGCGUAUGAACAGCUGGACACAGUCCCCAGGGAGUUGGUCCGACUGGGGACGAGACGAGGGAACGCUGUCACCACUGCCUUCUGAAAGAACAGGCCCCAACUAACCCGGAAGCUUCAUCACCCCAGGAAGGUGACAGACACCCCUAGAACCGCCUACCCCACCCUCCCCCUCUGAGCUUAUGCUUUGAGCCGUGCAGACAGGACAUGCAUUCCAGUGGACACAUGUUGGGGCCCAAGAAGAAGGGGCCCCGUCAAAGCAGAGUUAGAAUCCCGACUUGUGAUUAAGGGGCCUCACCUGUCAUCCUUAUCAACUGAAUCAUCUAAAUCCUCACUGUCUACUCUCUGGCAAGAAUUAUUAAGCCAUCACUCACAAGGCAUAGACAUUUACAACAUAUUUACUAUUGUUAUCAUCACGGUUGUUGGACAUUCAUGAUCAGUUAGGAUAUCACUAGAUAACUGCAAUUCAUUAUUUGUUCUAGUAGGUGAUGUUUAUUAAACAACAGUUAUUUGCUCUUUUCAAAUCUGCACUGUGCUAGGCAUGUAAAUAUACUAGCACAACGUUACACUAUUGGUAAUAAUGUGUCACAUAUCAAACUGGAUUGAUUUGGUGUUUUGUUCCUCUGGUAUGAGCUGUGGAGUUUCAGGGAUUUUACAGGAAGUUUAAGCACGCUCUGUCACAGGGUGUCAUGGAAGAUCAUUAAGACGAUGAGCACACUUAAGAAGAUGAGCACACUCAAAUCGCUCAGGAGGUAGUCAUGUGAUGUUCACAGUUAAACAACAUGCACAGAGGACAGUUGUCCUACGGUAGUCAUCUGUAACGAAUGUUCUAACGCCAUCAACACAAACAACCUGAAGAGAGAAUCAUGUACUUGGCCUGCCUAACAAACUGUUCUAAGUUCUCAACCGACACAUGCCUGGGAUCUUGCAUGGAGAGUUUGAUUGAAUGUCUUCUUGCUGGGAACUAUUUGAGCCACUGGAAAGGAUGGACAGGAUGGACGUCGUUGGAUGCAGGUUGGGCCCUGUGUUACCAUUAAUACAUGUACUUCUUUUUCGUCCAGUUGCUACCCAUGCAGUCUAGAAUUUGUGAGUUAGGGAUAGUGGGUCCAUGUCCGUGAGAAAUCAGAAUGCACUUUGUCCUUAACUGUACAGAGCAGAACCAAGGGGUUGUCUGCGAUGGUUUGGUGAUCAGCAAGGAAUGAAGCUAUACCGCUUGUCUAGCUUCUUAUGCCUUUAGUUUCUAUACUACUGAGUCAGGUCUUUCUUUGCCAUGACAAAAGGUUUAUUUCCUGACUUAUUCUCCAUUGUAUUUAUUUUUUUUACACAUCACAUUAGUGACUGUAAUAUUCUUUCAUUUGCAAAGUGGGUAGAUACUAUUUCACAUGUAAAAUAACUGUACAUUUGUUUUAAAUCUUUCACUUGUUUGAUAUUUGAAAUAUUAAAGGCCUCGAAUUCAUAAUUACCUUGGGACUGAUCUUGCUUAUAACAUUGUAUUUGAAAUUAGAAUUUUAGAAAUUUUAAAUUUGUGUGUUGAUUAAUUAUAUACAUUGAUAUUUUGAAAAGGACUAUUUCAUCGAUAGUGUCACCCCAAACAAACAGGAAAAUAAGUGACUUAACCAAAGUAGGCCAAAGCCUGAAAUAAAAAAUAAGAAUGUAUUCUGAAUUUAUUAGCAUCCUCAGCCCCUACACCCUGACUCUCCUGAAAAGCACAACAAUAUUUAUCAGCUUUAUCUGAAUUAUCAUCUCAAUGUUGUGACUUCACUUGGGUUCUAAGAACUGCACACUGUUCUAAAGCCAUAAUGAUACAAAGUGUAUUUCAGGCAGUCAUUUUUUGUGAAUAUUGUAUUUUCUCUUUUGUACAUUUAAUAUGUAAUUGUGUGAAAGUUAUUACUAAAAAACUUAAAUGGCUUUUAGUCAAAGUUUGGACUUGUGUUCGCUGAACUUGGUCGUUAUUGCAAGUACCAAUGCCGGUUUCUCCCAUAAUGUGAAUAGUAUUACAGUAUUUUGGUAUGAGGAUACUUGUGAUUUCAAGAAUAUAACAGUUACAUCCUUGGUUGUUUCCAUGAGGGAGCUGCUUUCUUUGUACUAAAAGUGACCAGUGUUAUGUUGAUAUGUUGCUUCUAUUCAACUCAUAAUUUAACAUUUAGUUAAUAUCUUCAUAUUUGUGAAUCUUGGACUUUAGCCGGAAAAAUGCCGUAAGGUCAUGUUACUUUGCUUCAGUACUGACUGCAUUACAUGUUCUGCUUCUAUUGGUUUACAGUUUUUCCCUUGCUCUAUGAAAGUGGCAAUAAAGUUUAUUUUUUCAUA